CAUCAAACUCCAACCACUUCCACAUGGCGACAACAAUGACACUUCCUGCAGCGACGUCCUCACACGACAACACGGCUCUGAGCAUCGAUGACGAUGAGCGCUUGCUUUCGCAUAAUGCUGCUGCUGCUUCUCGCGUCACAGGCGGAUCCAAGGGUGCUGUAGUCGACCCUGCUGUGCAUCGUUUUCCUUUCUGCAUCGUGUGGUCUCCCAUACCCAUUCUCACAUGGUUCCUCCCCUUCAUUGGACACAUGGGCCUCGCUGACAGCAAAGGGAUCAUAUUCGACUUUGCUGGGCCCUACACUAUCGGGCGCGACGACUUUGCAUUUGGAUCUGCCACGCGCUACAUACAAUGCAACGUAGCGCCUGAAGACGCAGACAAGUGGGACGAAGCGGUUGCUGCGGGUUGCAACAUCUACGAGAAGAGGAUGCACAAUUUGUGCUGUGACAACUGCCACUCGCACGUGGCUGUGUGUCUGGAGCACGCUAACUACGCUGGCCGCAAGCGGUGGAACAUGGUGGAACUCUGCUUCUGGAUGUUCUUUCGGGGCAAAUAUGUGAGUGUUGCCGCAUUCAUCAAGUCGUGGUUACCAUUUGCAUUCGUGCUUGCCUUGAUUGCUAUUAUCCGAUCGACUGCGUAAGCGAAGAGAGCGUUUCUGACGUCAACUUGAAUACUUUCGAUUAACUACUGGACGAGAGUGGAGUUUAAAAUCGAUGACAGUCACGAUAAUGUUGCCUAUGCACUCCAGUCUUUGACAAAAGAUGAACGCCACAUCAAUUGCGCAGGCGCCACCCUCCAGAUCAUCGUUCCCUUUGUAGCAUACGUGUUGAAGUUUAGCUGUAGCCAUUUCUCUCCAUUCACAAUCUGAUAGGUUAAAAUGCGUUCAUUUUCACCCAAUCCACACACCCACCGACACUUCCUCUUCCAC